AUGAAGUCUUUCGCCUUCGCCCUUCUGGCCUCUGCGGCUAUGGCCCUACCCGCCAACAUCCCUUCGGGUACCAUCGGCUCUUUGCCCUCCGGAGUUCCCUCUAGCCUGCCCUCCGGUGUCAUCCCUUCGGGCAUGCCUCUACCGAUGACAUCUAUGAUUCCCUCUGGCUCCGAUGUCGCCGCAACUCCCUCAUUCUCCACCUUGCCUGAUCCCACCGGUGCUGGCCAGGUUCUUUCCAUCCUCAACCAGGCUGGAACCUCGAAAAUCGAAAUGAUGGCCGAGUCCGAGCUCGAGAGCUUGAUGAGCAAGCUGCCCUUGAGCGCUCUCGAGAAGCCAGUGGGCCAGGUCAUUCAAACGGCUGAGUCCGUCGACAAGCUCGACACGAACACCGGUUCCGGCCUCACCCAGAUUACCGCCCUCCUCGACAAUGGCAACGCUGCACUCAUCGAGCUGACCCAGGAAGUCGUCGACCUGCUCUCCAGUCUCGGCCUCCACAAGGUCGGCAGCCUUCUCGGCUCCAUCGUUGGCGGCCUUGAGUCUAUCACUGGAAACGUCAAGCGCGACGACCCUCUACAAAACGUUCUCUCCAUCACUGACGUGAACGGCCUUGCUGGUGGCAAGAACCUUCUUGUCCAGGUUGAGCCUACUGUCGUCGGUCUCCUCAGCGGUCUUGACUUGUCCACCAUUGAGGGUCCCAUCGGCAACGUCGUCGCCGUAGCUCCCUCUGUCUCUGAGCUUAAGUCCAAGGUUCCCGAGAUCCCUGGUGCUAACUUCAUUGCUGUCAACGCCGAGGAUAAGGUUUCCGUCCUUUUGAUCAAGGUUGACGGCGCUGUUCAGGGACUUCUCUCCACUCUCGGCCUUGGCAGCGUUGGCACUACCGUCGGCUCCAUCGUCUCCUCCGCCAAGGGUGGUCUCGUCCAGUAA